AUAGACAGAUAAACUUUCACACCCAACAUCUGCUUCAUUUCUGAAGGUGACUGACCUUAAUUGUACCCAUCAUGCCUCACUUUUGCGCUACUUUCAACAUCCAAGAUGGCGUCCCUUCCGCAGAAAAAGUUUUACCGUCAGCGUGCCCACUCCAACCCCAUGGCUGAUCACAGCUUUGAUUACCCUGUGAAGCCAGAUGUGAUGGACUGGUCACCUUAUUACCCAGCAUUCUUUGAGUCGCCCAGCCAAGCGGAGAGGCACGAUGAUGAUAAAGAGGCCGAGGAGCGACUGCCGUCCAGGGUGGAGUUCGCAGAUAUCGGCUGUGGGUACGGGGGCUUACUGGUGGCGCUGUCCCCCAUGUUUCCUGACACCCUGAUGCUGGGGAUGGAGAUCAGAGUGAAGGUAUCAGAUUAUGUGACGGACAGAAUAAAGGCCCUGAGAGACAAACAUCCAGGGGAGUACCAGAACGUCUCCUGUAUCAGGACAAACGCCAUGAAGUACCUCCCAAACUUCUUCAGAAAAGGACAGUUGAAGAAGAUGUUCUUCUUGUUUCCCGAUCCACACUUCAAGAAGACCAAACACAAGUGGAGAAUCAUCAGCUCCACCCUGCUGGCUGAGUAUGCCUAUGUGCUGGCAGUGGGGGCUAUUGUCUACACAAUAACAGAUGUUGAGGAGGUACAUGAAUGGAUGAAGCAGCACUUUGUACAACACCCAUUGUUCCAACAAAUGACUGCAGAAGAAUAUAAGGAUGACCCGAUUGUUGAAAAACUCUAUGAAAGUACGGAGGAAGGCCAGAAGGUCACCAGAAACAAAGGAGACAAGUUCCUAGCCAUCUUCAGACGAAUCAAGGAUCCACUUUUACCAAACUAGACUAUCUGACAUGUUUCUUUGCAACGGCUGAUUUAAUAUGAUUUUAUACGGUAACAGUUAUAUAACCCAAGGACGUUACAUAAAGAACAUCCUUGUAAAACAUUAUUCAGUGCUUGAAAUACUUUGAGCACUGCUUAUUCAAAUAUUAUGGUAAUGUGGUCUUAUUUUUGUCUGUCAGCAUGUUAUUUAGAUUAAAGCGAAAAGAGUGGCUAUGAGAUAAUUGUUUCCUAUCAAAAGUUUGAGAAUAAAUUAUUGACGUAUGGACACAACUUUACUGGCCGUUCCAUAUGCCCACACACCCAACUCAUUCAUACGCUCAAUCACUAACUCACUGACUUCUUCACUCACUCAUUCACCAUCACCCAACUAACUCACAAUAGAUAGACAGAGGUUUAAGGCAUUUCACUGAGAAAUGUUAGGUACGGAUAAAGGUAAUUCAAACAUGUCCUGUACCUCGACAGGCGUGAAUAACAUAACUUAUAAAACAAAGGAACAGAAAUAUUCAGUAUUUUAUGGACGCAACAAGUCACAAAAUUUUCUUUGUUAGGCUGGGCCGCUGGGGAAAUGAAUGGACCAUUCAUCAUUGACAAGAUGUACGCAGGUAACAUUACAUGUU